AUGGUCAACGCGUUCCUGUUCGGGCUCGGCAACCCUCGCGACACGGCCAAGCCGUGCAUCCACGCCCUCACGAUCGCCUCGUUCGAGCUGCGCCCGUCGAUGACCAAGCACCUCGCCGAGUCGGUGCGGCACCUCCAGAAGAUCAUCUCGACCCCGGAGCUCGGCGUCCACAUCCUCGAGUUCAUCGCCGGCGUCGGUCAAGAACCGGCCCUGUACGCCAACUUUACCGACGUCGACUUCCAGACCGUGUUCGGCAUCGCGCUCAAGUACAUCCAGGCCCACAACGAGCGCCUCGUCGACGACCCGGGCGCCGACGACGCCCAGGAGGGCAUCGAGUACGCCUUCUCGCAAUACGUCCUCCUCCUCGCCUACUACAACCUCGCCGUGUGGUACCUCGCCGUGCGCCUCGCCGAGCGGCCCAAGUUCGUCCCGUUCCUCACGCGGCGGCUCGUCCAGGCCAACGAGGGCAAGGGCGAGGUCGACGAGGCGACCGAGGUCAUCCUGGACAUGAUCGCGCGCUACGCCUACUCGAACGCCGACCCUCGCCCUCGGGCGACCGACUUCGACAACCUGAUCACGGGCGCGCCCGGCGCCGCACCGCUCGCGCCGCCCAAGACGUGGAUCGUCGGCCUCGCGACCAUCACGAUCCGCAAGGUGCACGCGCCGGCGUGGGUCGAGGUGACGGUGCGCCGCUCGUCGGGCGUCGUGCGCAUGCUCUGGGAGAUGCAGAACAUCAGCAUGACGUCGUCGGCGCCCGAGAGCGACCUCAUCGCGGGCCUGCUCCGCCACCGCGAGACGGCCGGCCUCAUGCACCAGGUCCCGACGGCCGUCAGCGAGGCGCUCGCCAUCCUGCCCCAGCACGCCAAGCCGCUCCACUCGGGCGCGCUUACGGUCGACCCGAGCUUCUUCGUCGUCCAGCUCUCGUCGUUCCCGCACGUCGACACCCGAGUGCGCCCGCUUCUCGUCCCGAGCGACCCAGCGUCGCAGCGCGGCGUCACCCUCCUCGACUCGAUCCCGAUCGUCGACUUUCACAAGGUCGGCGUCCUGUACGCCGGGCCCGGGCAGACGAGCGAGCGCGAUAUCCUCGCCAACACGCACGGCUCGAAGGCGUACGUCGAGUUCAUCAGCGGCCUCGGCGGCCUCGUGCGCCUCAAGGGCUCGCGCGAGCUCGGCAUCUACACGGGCGGGCUCGACCAGGAGAACGACAUCGACGGGCGGUGGACCUACUGCUGGGACGACGACAUCUCGCAGCUCGUCUUCCACGUCGCGACCCUCAUGCCGACCGACCUCGCGACCGACCCGCAGUUCACGCUCAAGAAGCGGCACAUCGGCAACGACUUUGUCAAGGUCAUCUUCAACGACUCGGGCGGCGACUUUGCGUUCGACACGCUCCCCGGCGACUUCAACUUCGUCAACAUCGUCAUCCAGCCGCACACGCCGGCGGGCAACCCGUGGCUCGGGCCCGGCAUGUCGAACAACACCGAGUUCUUCAAGGUGUCGAUGCAGUGCCGCCCGGGCAUGCCCGAGAUCGGCCCGCUCGGCACGUUCAAGAUGGUGACGGGCUCGUCGCUCGCGAGCGUCGUGCGCCAGCUCGCGCUCCACUCGAACAUCUUUGCCCAGAUCUUUCUCGCCUCGGUCGGAUUCGAGACGCAGCGCCAGGCGGGCACCCAUGGCAAGACGCACCGCCUCGAGUACUCGAGCAACUGGCGCAAGCGCCUGCAGCAGAUCAAGCUCCUCAAGCGCCGCAUCCUCGAGGCGCAGCAAGGAGGCGCCGGCGCCGCCUCGGCAGCAGCUCCCGGCGGGCAGCAGCAGCAGCAGCCGUCGUCAUCGUCGUCGACCGCGCCCGGGCAGCCCGCCGCCGUCUCGCCGCCGCCGUUCGACCUCGACCAGGCCGAGGCCGCGCGCCUCUUUACCUCGUGGGCGUCGUGA